UCUUCAACCACUAUCUAAAACAGUUAACAUUUAUUUUCGGGAAACAUAUUCAGAUCUAUAUGUGAAAAUGGAAAAGCUCGAUCUUGGCCCUAACGUCCCUAAGCCAUUUGGUGCUUUUCCAACAACUGUGGUUAACUUCAACGUUAUUAGUGAUUCGAAAGACUAUCGAAAUAUGCUUUGUGUCGUGUGA